AUAAGAGAAUACACCCAAAGGCCAUGAAUAAAAGCUCCUUCCUCCCAAGCAAAUGCCCUAACGACUAGUAUGGAAACAUAACGCUCGCCGCGGCGGCGGCGACGGCGGCGGGAUAUAUCCAAACCAAACAUCUGCAAUGUCCACUGAUACGCAAGAUGAAGAAGACGAUGCUGACCCCUUCCCACCGCUCUCACCUCCCCAACCCCUACACCAAACCACUCUCACUGUGCCUACGGCAUCUGACGACGACGGCGCAUCAAACCAGCACCUACAGCACCACUAUAUCCGUUCGAUCGAAUUGACAGUGGUGAUCCGCCAGCUACCCUCCCAGGGCAUCCCCUUCCAGCUCUGGCCAGCAGCCACCACUCUCGUCUCCCUCCUCGAUCUCCACCGCUCCGAUCCCUCCGGCAGCCCACUCUCCGCCGCUUUACUGGCCAACCGCAGCCGCCUCCGAGUCCUGGAGCUCGGCUCCGGCACCGGCUUGGUCGGAAUCGCCGCCGCAGCCAUUCUCGGCGCCGCCGUCACCCUCACCGAUCUCCCACACGUCCUCCCCAACCUCCAGUUCAACGCGGACGCGAACGCGGAGUCGUUGACCCUGCACGGCGGUGCAGUCGAUGUGGCACCGCUCAGAUGGGGGGAGGAGAGCGACGCCGAAGCCGUAGGGCGGGAGUUCGACCUAAUUCUAUGCUCCGAUGUGGUGUAUCACGAUCACCUGUACGAUCCCCUGCUGAAAACGCUGCGAUUUUUGUUGGGGGGAGAGGAGAAAGUGGUGUUCGUGAUGGCGCAUUUGAGGAGGUGGAAGAAGGAAUCGGCGUUCUUCAGGAAGGCUAAGAAAAUGUUUGAGGUGGAGAGGAUACAUGAGGAUGGGCUGCCGCCGCCUGGAUCUCGGGUUGCGGUGGCGGUGUACCGUUUUGCAGGGAAGCGCCAUAGGUCAGGUUUGAAGAACAGUGACACGGUCAAGGCCAAAAAUGCCUUUCAAAAUUAAUGUUUUGAAGUGUUUUCUUUCUUAUGAAAGAAACUGAAGGCCACCAUGACUUCAAAAGUCGAUUUCCACUUCUGAAGUUUUUUCCCUAGUUCAAAGUUCAAAGUUCAAAGUGCAAACUCUUCUUGUUGUUUCA